AUGCCAGGUACUAGGUGUGCUGUAGCGUUGUGUUCCAACAGUUUGCAAGUGACUAAGAAAAAUGACCUUAACAUUUCAUAUCAUACAUUUCCUAAAGAUAAAAAAUUGUCUAAUCUUUGGAUUAAUGCUUGUAGACGAAAAGAUACAUGGAAUCCAAAAACUAGUACAGUUUGUAGCAUUCAUUUUGUAGAUGAUGAUUUUGAAGUGGAUCUCCGUAGUCAAUUGAUGAACAUAAAAACUAAAAGAAAAUUAAAACCUCAAGCUAUUCCUACACAAUAUUUGAAAGAAUGUCCUUCAGAUAUUUCCACACAAGUGACAUCAAGACAACAACGUGCAAAUAAACGCAUAAAUGAAAAUAUUGUUAAACAUUUAAUACUACCAACUCAAAAAAUUGAAGAUGAAUCACCUGAAAAUGUACAUCCUGUUAUUGAAGAUGAAUCAUCCGAUGAUGUACAUCCUGUUAUUGAAGAUAAGUAUGAAAAAUUAUUGAGUGAGCAUCAAAAAUUAAAAAUUAAAUAUAAAAAUUUAGCCGAACUAAAAAGAAGCCAAAAAAACCGGAUAAUAAUGUUAAAUAAAAAAUUCAAUUCACUUUCUCAAAAAUUUGGUGAACAUACUAGCCAAACACAUUUGUUAGAAGAAGCUUUAAAAUCAAAUUUUAGUGAGACUCAAUUAAGCCUUAUUAAAAAAAACCGAAAAAAAGUUAUUUGGGGAACAGAUGAUAUAUCGAAGGCUUUUACAAUAAGAUAUCUAAGCAAAAGGUGUUAUAUUUAUCUUAGAAAUAAAUUACAUUACCCACUUCCACAUGUUUCCACAUUAGUCAAAUGGGCUUCAAGAUUAAACUUUCGUCAAGGUGUUUUAUUAGAUGUCAUUAGAAUAAUGAAAAUAGCAGCACUUAACUUCAAUGAGUUAGAAAAAAUAUGUGUCAUUCAAUUCGAUGAAAUGAAAAUACAAACCGCUUUUGAAUAUGACAAAAAAAAUGAUCAGUUAAUUGGGCCAUAUAGACAAAUGCAAGUAAUUAUGGUAAGAGGCUUAUUUAAAAAUUGGAAACAACCUAUUUAUGUUAACUUUGAUCAAAUAGUAACACCAGAAAUCCUUUAUGAAGUGAUAUCUAUAUUACAUGAUAAUUCAUAUAAAGUUGUUGCAUGUGUAUCUGAUUGUGGAGGUGCUAAUAUAGGCUUGUGGAAAAAAUUAAAUAUAUCUAUUGAAAACACUUAUUUUUUACAUCCUACCACAAAUGAUAAAAUUUAUUACUUUGCAGAUGCACCUCAUCUUUUGAAACUCACUCGCAAUUGGCUAAUAGAUACAGGUUUUGUUCUUUCAGAUGGUUCAAAUGUAAACUCAACACCACUAAAAGAGUUAUUAAAAAUAACAAAGUCAGAAAUUUCUACUUGUCAUAAAUUAUCUGAAAAACAUAUAGAAUGUGUAAAGGCUGAAAGGCAAAAUGUGGGAUUAGCAGCCCAACUACUAUCACAUAGUGUCGCAACAGCUUUAUGCCAUUACAAGCCUGGAUUUAAUAAAAUAUUAUCUGAAAAUACAGGAAAAUUUGUUGAAGUAAUAAGUAAUUGGUAUGACAUUAUGAACUCAUAUACAUCUACUGAAACACUAUGUACAAAGAAGGCGUAUGGCUUAAAUCUAUCAGAACAAAAUAAAUGUUUGGAUAAAAUGUAUGAAUUAAUAUUUUCAAUGAGAUGUAAUGGAAAAAACACUCUACAAACUUUCCAGUAUAUCAGUAUAUUAUCCGUGGACCGAGUAGGCAUCUUUCACCGUGCGUCCGUGCAUAUGAUCACCACUAGCGCUCCAACGACGCGGCGGCAUGCGCAGUUGUGA